CACGUGGUAGUUGCCGUUGUUUCGCGUGGUGAGGCUUGCAAGAUGGCGUACGCUAAGCAAGGGCAAGAAGGAAAGACAAGACUUGAACGUUUUCAACAAACUGCACGUGAUUUUGGCCACUUUCUUUACAAUAAAGAUGGUGAAAAUGGUGAAGUGCAGGUCAUGGGCAGAAAUGGCAAGAGCUGGGCGAAGAUCACAGUGUUCUUCUUGAUAUUUUACGGCUGCUUAGCGGGAUUUUUCGCCUCGAUGUUGGCGAUAUUCAUGACUACUGUCCCAGCUCGAGAGGAAGGGCCGAAAAUGACGAGAUAUUUAGCGGGAAAGCAAGGCCUUAUACCUAUUCCAUUCUAUGAAAUAAAAAAUUAUAAAGAUGUUGAUUCGUUUGUUGACCAAAUCAACAAAUUCUUGGAACCUUACAAGGAAGCUCUUGAAAGUGACGAGUAUCAGAACUGUACAGAUGCCAAACGUACCAAGGAUUCCAAGCCCUGUAAUGUGGACCUUUCUGCUCUUGGUCCUUGCUAUGACAAUAACACUGAUUUUAAAUAUGGCUAUGAUGAGGAAAAGCCCUGCAUCUUUAUGAAGAUGAAUCGGGUGUUCGAUUGGGUCCCUGAACCUAACGAUGGCUUGGAUUAUGUGCAGCUGGCCUGCAAGUUUGAGGAGAAGGGCCGUGAGGAUCAGCUGGAAAUCUACCCAACAGACAAGCCUGGCUUUGCUGCUAAUUUUUACCCUUAUCUCUCUGAAGAAAAUUGGCUUCCCCCAAUUGCUGCCAUCAAAGUCAACAGCACUCAAAAGGCAGUGCUUCUUUGUGAAGCCAACGCCAAAAAUAUUGAGAAAUCCGAAACAUACCGUCUUAACCGAGGUGCUACAGGAAGAGUUCGUAUUGAAAUUAAGCAAGGGUGAAGCACUAAAUUUAAAAACUUUAAAAAGCAAAAUCUGACUGCACUCAAGGAUGUAAUGAUGGAGUUUCUUUUUUUGCCACACUAAUGUGGCACAAUGAAGUGUUUUGUCUAUCAUUUUCAUUAAGUUUUGCUCUGUAGUUUUUGUUUUUGAUUGUCUUAAUUACCAUAUUCCUUAGACUAAUUCUCUUGAACUGAUUUUUCUAGUUUCUCCAAACUUUUGAACCAAAAUAUUUAAUUUGCAGUGAUUAGAAACAUCAAAUAGAUAGUGCACUGGACAGUUUGGUUUCUAUUUGCAACAAAAAACUCCUCAGCCUUCAUGCUCAAGGAGUUCUCUUCUGGAUUGCAUUUAGAUUUGAAUUUCAAAAUUUGAGAGUCGCACUAUUAGUAAUGGUUUUUUUUUUUAAUUAAAAAUUAAGCAUUGAUUAGGUAAAUUUAUGAUGGGAGAGAAUUCUUUGAUGGUCAGACUAAGCCAGACAGACAGAUUCCCUCUAUGUUUUGAGGCUGGCAGCAUUUACUGUGUUUUUCAAGGUUUUUUGUGAGCCUUGUAGUUUACUAACAAGCUUAAAGUUUAUACUAUUCUAUCAGAUCAGUGGCCUCUCAAUAGCAGUAAUUUCAUUGAAUUUAAGGUGUUAAAUUUUUUGCAUUUGUUUAGAUCACCAAUGUGUUUAAUCUAAGCAGAUACACAUUUGGUCAAUUUUUUACUGGAUGAGAAAUAUUUGAUAAAAAUUAUUCAUGUUUUAUCAACUUUUUGAUAUUUAAAGGAGUUCUGUCUUUAGCAGUUUACUACAUAAAUUUCUAAUACACCACGUGUGUAUCUGUAUUUGGUUAGUUGAUUAGGGUUUAUUUAGCUCAGUCUCUUCCUUAUUAUCAAAACCCCUCUAUGGACUUUUUCACAAUAAUGACUGUGAUUACUAUAAUCAUGUACGGUUGUCUGUAGAAGACAAUUUGAUAUUUAGAAGGUUCAGUUUCCUUCUAAUAGCUGUUUUGGCUAAAAAGCAUGCAUUUUGAUUGACCUUGGACAGUUUUAGGCAAUUGUCAAUUGUUAAGGACUUAACUUUUUCUGGUUAAGAUUUUAAAAUUCACCCUUGCUAUAGGCUUUUUUUUUUUUAUUAUUAUUCACACUCACUUAGUCAAUGUUGGUUAGCUUAUUUAUAAUUAACAUCACUAUAAAUUCUGUUAUCAACAUCUUUGGUAGUUCAUUGACUGUGUGCAUGGCUUUUUAAGACCAUAGCAAUCAAGUAUGCAGAGAGAUUGUUAAUCAGUUUCUUUUAUUAUACAUCCACUAGAGAAGUUGAGAUGAUUAGAUGUCAACUUCAGCACCUUUCCAGACUCGUCGUACCUCACCUUGUUUAAGACAGCCGCAGUGAAGGCAUCGUUGUGUGCUGGAGGGUAGCAUAGUAAUCUUACUGUUUCAAUCUGGUCUUCAAUGUGGGAAAUUUGUUUUUUGGCUGUAGAAGGAUUGGAUGUAGUUAUACAGACUAGGAUAAAUGGAGAUUCAAAUUGCAGCAGAUUUUUGCUUGUAUGGAUGCUUGCAUAGCCAAAGACAGUUUCUUUCCCCAAAAACUGAUUGAUGCAUCUUGGUAACUAGGUACAACUUAAACUUAGUUUGAUCAAUUUCUAAAUUCUAAACUCUUAGUGUGUUACUGAUGUAGUUUUUUGUCAUGUUCUUCAUAAUUUGUUUACUGUAGUCUUAAUUGCAUGUUAUCAAGGGUCUUAUUAAAGGUGUCUUAAAUUUA